UGUCCCAUCGCCAACUACAAUAUUAAAAUGGCCCUCUUCUUCGAUUGGCUCUUCUUUAAACCCAACGACUGUAUUAUGAAUGUCGAACCCGCCAUAUUGGCCAUCACUAACAAUCUCUCGGCCCGAUCUCAACCCUUUGCACUGUCGCUGGUGGACUUUCUCACUAAGGUUGCCACGACUUUUCAUCCGCCCAUGAACGACAGAAUAGCUGCUUCCAUUCGCGCCGGCCUCGAAGAUAUGCUUCGUCUGGGUGUCAUCCGGGAUUAA